CUCGUUACUUGUUUGUGUCGGAGUAGUUUAGGCGCGCGGACACUGCGUCUGCCAGAAACGGUGGCUGAUGAACGAUUCUGAGCAAAAAUGUGAUUUACAGUUUAAAAAAAAUAAAAAAUAACAGUCAGGCUACAUCGUGAAAUAUCAACGGACUUGUUCAUCCCGUGACAUGCAGCUAAGCUGUCGCAGCGACUGUCGGAGCAGCUGUUCAUCAUGUGAGCUAACGUUAGCCUGCUGCCAGGACGAGGAGCGUGCACGAGGAUGCUAACGACUUCCUCGGACCGGACCGGGACGUUAACGUGCGUGUUUGUGGGAAUCACACACAUCGACGUGAUUAGAUCAGAUUAAACAAUCUAACGGUAUUAAUCUUCUCUGUCCGACACUCCAGUCUGUGACCUGAAACGACACCCAGGAUGCCUAAUGCCAGCGCAAGGCCGAAGCACAGCAGGAGGGCCAGGAGGCGACGCAGAGAGGACUCUGCCAGGAACGAGCUGGUCUCGAGUUCCCUGGAAAGUGCCCAGCAGUGCCUGUUCAGCCAGGAUUAUGGAACUGCGUUCGUGCACUACCUUCUGGUCCUCAACCUUGCACCUGUGUUUAAGGACUUAGCAAAGGAAUCCUUCAGGUUCACUCUCUUCAAAUGGGCAGAAGAGCUGGACUCCGUGGGUCGUAUUCAGGACCUCUUUGACUGUUACGAACAAGCGCUGGAAGUUUUCCCUGCUGACGAGGUCAUCCUAAACAGCAUGGGGGAACACCUGUUCAAGAUGGGCUUUAGAGACGAAGCUGCAGGUCAUUUCCACAAAGCCUUGAAGCUGAGGCCGGACUACCCGGAAGCCAGGGAGAACUUCUACCGUGUGGCCAACUGGCUGGUGGAGCGCUGGCAUUUCUUAAUGCUCAAUGACCGUCGGAGGAACCAGAAGUACCAGCAAGCCAUUCAGAAGGCUGUUCAGAGCGGCUGCAACACUGUACUUGACAUAGGUACUGGCACUGGGAUCCUUGGUAUGUGUGCUAAGAAGGCAGGGGCCGCUGAGGUUUACGCCUGCGAGCUGUCGAAGACGAUGUAUGAACUGGCCUGUGAAGUGGUGACUGCUAACGGAAUGGAUGGCAGCAUCAAGAUCGUCCAUAUGAAAUCUCUGGAGAUGGAAGUGCCAAAGGACAUCCCACACAGGGUGUCCUUGGUGGUGACAGAGACGGUAGAUGCAGGGUUGUUUGGAGAGGGCAUCAUGGAGAGUCUCAUUCAUGCCUGGCACCAUCUCCUGCUGCCUCCACAGAGAGGUGAGAAUGAAUUCAGAGAACCCUCCGCCACAGGACGGGUCAUCCCUGCUGGAGCCACUGUGUUUGGUAUGGCCGUCGAGUGCGCCGAGAUUCGCCGCCAUCACAGACUGUGUGUGUCAGAGGUGGGAGGUCUGUCCGUGGCUGCAGCAGGGGAGCUCCGCAGUCCAGUGAGCUGCAGCACUGAGCCGGAUGACUCCAUGGAGCCGUACACCACAGAGAGACUCAGCCGACUGCCGGGAGGAUACAAACCUCUCACUGAGCCCUUCACAGCUCUCAACAUAGAUUUCAAUAAUGUGCAGGAACUGGAGGGCCUGAGCUCCAGGGAGGUCCAGAAGCUCUGCCUGCCUGUCAGCCAGGAGGGGGAGCUGGACGCCCUGGCUGUGUGGUUCCAGCUCCACCUGGACGAGGAGAGCAGCCUGUCCACUGGACCCCAGGAGGACACCUGCUGGGAGCAAGCCAUCUACCCCGUCCACGAUGCCAAGGGUUUUGUCCUGAAAGCCGGGGACGAGCUGAUUGUUGAGGUCUCCUGCCGAGACGCCUACCUGAGGCUCUGCAGCGUCGCCGUGCUGAGAGACGGGCGUGAAAUCCGUCUGGACAAGCAUCACGACUCGGGAUUCUCUGGAAAUCCCGUCUCUGUCCCGAACCCAGAGGCGGAACUGUGCAGCGCAUUAGCAUGUCUCCAAACUGGCCAGAAUCUAACAAAAGACUUCUGCAUGCUGGAAUGUUCCGAAAUGGCGCUCCUGAACAAUCAGGAUUACCAUCGGAGUUUCUGCAGCGCAAUUGGAAAACUGAUCUCUCAGAUGAAGGUUAAAUGCCUAAACCAAGAGCAAGGAUCGACUGUUCAGUCGGACUGUAGUGACCUGCUUUACGUGCUGGACGUGUCGGAGGGCUUCUCGCUGCUCUCCCUCAUCGCUGCCAGCCACGGUCACGUAAAAGCCUUCAGCUCCGUGGAAAAGACCAAGCAACAGGAAGUGAUAAGGAGGCUGGCUCGCUCCAAUAAUAUCUCGGAGCAGCAUCUAGAGUUCUGGCUGAACCACACGGAGGACGAGCAGGGGAUGCUGAAGAGGCCGUCCAGGGAGAAGCUGUGGAGCGCCAUCAUACUGGACUGUGUGGAGACCUGUGGGCUGAUAAGACAGAAGCUGAUGGAGAAAGCUUCGCUGGCCAGGUGUCUGCUGGAGGAAGGAGGACGUAUUUUCCCAGAGCGGAUCGUGGUGUACGGCAUGUUGGUGGAGUCGGACAUGUUGCUGCUGGAGAGCGCGGUCCAGGGUCAGGAGCCGACGCUGGGAUUCAACAUCGCUCCCUUCAUCAACCAGUUCACUGUACCAGUCCAUGUGUUUCUGGACUUUUCCACACUGGAGUGCAGGCAUCUCAGUGAAACUGUGGAGCUCUUUGUACUGGACCUUAUGGACACCAACGCAAACUACACUAACAGAGAAGUCAAGGUCCAGGCUACAGCCGCAGGGAGACUAACAGCAGUUCCCUUCUGGUACCACAUCCACCUGGACCAGGAGAUCAGUGUGAGCACCCUCAACCAGAACUCUCACUGGAAGCAGGCGGCAGCCGUGCUGCAGCAGCCUCUGGAGGUACGAGCUGGAGACUGGGUCCUUCUAGCCGUGAAGCUUCACAAGAGCACCAUCUCCAUAUCGGCCCGCGUAGUCGAUGCACCGGGGCCAACUGAGUAACAACCUGGUUCUAGCUAAGCAACUAUUUUAUUUUUUUAUAUAUUUCAAGUUCCAUUUAGAUCCCAUGUCACAUGCUCGGUAGGGAAAUGCAUUACACACAACGCAUUCCUUCUGGUACUUAUUUAAUACCAGAAAGGGAUUUUCCUGUCAUUUGUCAUAAAUGUAAUACCAGUCUUCAAAUGUCCUUGUUUUCCCAAACAUACACAGGAUCUCUGUUCUGAGAUUCAGUAGAAACCUGCAUGACCCAAAACUGGUUCACCAGACUCAUGAAGAAUGUUCCAACAGUGAACAUUCAAGUCAUGUUUUUAUUUUUGUUUUUAAUCGUAUUAUUGAGUCAGAGGACGUUUAUAAUUUGUACUUAUAUAUAUAUAUAAUAUUUAAGUAUAUUAUAUAAAUGUCAUAUUUGUCUCUUCAUUGCAGUUGAUUUUGUAAAGAUGUUUGUGGGUGUCAAUAAAAAAAGAACAAUAAA